AUCGCUCCCGAGCAAAAGGAUGUGUGAGCAGGCAGCGCGCUACUGUAGGGACGGAGUCCACAAACUGCUGAACAAAGAACAAGCCAAACUUCGAGCGCAAGAAAGCCGCGAACAGCCCCAGCUCGUCACCAGUCAGGACAGCGAGCCCGAGACGGCAGCGCAGUCCGGAAACAGCGGCGCCCAGCCCGGUGGAAUUGACGGGCUCGUCCGCUGGAUCGUCACCAAAAUGAGCGACAACAAGAACAUCUCCAGCCGGGAGUACGCCUCCAGCAAGGAGGAGGCGGCCGUGGCUCAGGAGCAGUUCUUCGCCCCGGAACCGCGGAGAGGCAUCUCCGUCAUCCUGGAUAUCUUCAGAAGAGCCGACAAAGAUGAUGAUGGUAAACUCUCGCUGGAUGAGUUCCAGGCUUUCUUCUCUGAUGGCACACUGAACGAGGAGGAGUUGGAGAAGCUGUUCCACACCAUCGACUCUGAUAACACCAGUAAUGUUGACACUAAGGAACUCUGUGACUACUUUGCCAAGCACAUGGGGGACUAUGAAGGAGUUCUGGCCUCACUGGAGACGCUCAACCUUUCCAUCCUCAAAGCCAUGGACUUCACCAAGAAGGUUUAUGAGAGAGGAACAAACGUGGAGCAGUUUGUGACCCGUUUCCUACUGAAGGAGUCAGCCAAUCAGAUCCAGUCUCUUUUGAACUCUGUGGAAAGUGCUGUGGACGCCAUUGACGAGCAGCACAGCCAGUCCGGUCAUACUCCUGCCAAGACAAGUCCUCGAGUGUCAGAGAAGUGUCAUGACAACGUUGUCCCUGAUUAUCCGCCAAACAACAAAAUCAGUGCCAGGGGAGCUGUCAGGACCAUCAACACUGCCUCAGGUGCAGUGGAGGUAAGGAAAGAGGGUCUGGAUGCUCAAAUCAAUCGCCUGGCUGAACUCAUCGGACGACUGGAGAAUAAAACUGUCUGGUUUGAUCUGCACCAAAGGCUAACAGACACAGAUGGCACCACCAGCGCAUCGUUAUUGCUGAUCCGUCAGGAGAUGGUUGUUUCCCAAAAGAAGCUUGGCGAGUUUUGUGAGGCUCUGAAGCAAUACCUGAAGAAUGUUUCCACUCAAAGGGACUGCUUUCAUGUGACUGCGGUGCGUCUACCAGAUGGUUUGUCCUUUGUGGUCUAUGAGUUCUGGGAUGGAGAGGAGGAGUGGAAAAGGCACCUCCAGUCAGGCCCCAACAAAGCCUUUCAGCAUGUGAAAGUGGACACGCUGUGCCAGCCAGAGGCCAUUUCCUCUGUGGCCGUGCCAGCCGCCUGGUGCAGCGUGAACCGGGCCUGAGCAUGAACCACAGCCAACAAGACACCGAGACUCUUGGACGCCACUCCUUCUACCUUUCCUUUGCAUUUCUCCCCCUACCACGUCCCUCGAAAGGUCUUAAAAUACAUGUUUACACGGUGCAAAUGAAAGGUGUCUGCGGCGGUGACUACUGAACAAAGUGCAUUUGACAAUGUGAACAGAAGUACAUUUGCAUCCAACCAUCGUAGUUUGCUGGUCAGUAUUUAUAUUUAUUAUUAUGAGUUGUGUUCUAGCCAGUUGGCGUUUGUCAUGUAGCAUGGACAUCUAUUGAGCUUUUCAUGUAGCAGGUACCUGGGCUACUUUGGAAGGUCUGUUUGGCAAUACAGCAUUGUUUUUAAUCGAUCACAGAAAGCUCAUCCAUGUAGCUUUGACUCUAUAGAAUCUGUUCAUUUCACAUUUGGCCUUGCACAUGGAAAUGGUUUGCAAUUUUUGUUGUCGUUUUGUAGCCGACCACACAGCCUAUCAUCCAUUUUCCUCACAUAAACUAAACAACAUUUAUUCCCCAUAGAAUUGCAGCUCAGACCUCUCUAUAUACAGUUUGUAUGUUCUCACUUUUUUCCCACGGUCCAAAACAUGCAUGUUAGCUUAAUUGACGACUCUAAAUUGUCUGUAGGUGUGAAUGUGAAUGCUGGUUUGUCUAAAGAGUCCAGAGUGUCCCACACCUCUCGCCUAAGUCGGCUGGCACAGGCUCCUGCUCACUGGUGACCCUAAUCAAAAUCAGCAGUAGAAAACAAAAAAAAUGUGUGAAAAUUCUAUCAUUUGAUGACGCGCUAACAUGUGAGGCAGUGUUAGAACUGUAGCUUCGUACCUAAUGAUAACACAUGAUGUUUCUAUAAUAUUUACAAUAAUAUUGAAAGGGAAAAUUAUGAGAUCUUUCAUUUUAUUUCGCUCAUGGUAUUAAAGAAUAAAUAAUGACCAAACACUGGGCCACCUACAGUGUCUUAAGUCUUGAGAAAAUUCUGCCAGCUGAUCCAAAUUAACAUAGAAACCCCCAAUUUGCUGUAUUCACCAAUGAUGAACCAUUCCAGCAUGAACAAAUAGCCUUUGUUUUUAACAAAUUAACGUAUUUUCCAGACUGUAAGCCGCACACUAAAUUUCACAGGAAAAAUUAUUUGUUCAUAUAUUUGCCGGACCGGACCAUAAGCCGCAGAUAUAUACCAGUGCAUUGGGAAAUGAGAUGUUUACAUAGAAAGAUUUUGUAAAUGUUUAUUUACAUAAUUUAAUUGUUAGAAAACGCUGCCUUUUACACGGCAGUAAAACGGCUGCUCAAACAAAACAGAAACGUCAUUGAUGUCUUUAUUUAUCCUUCAUGAGAUGAAUAAGAUGUUCUCCUUUUUAAUAAGGUUCACAAUGUUUAUUAAGAAUUUUUAUUCCUUGUACUUUGCAAACACUUUGAGUUUGAACAGUCUUAAGGCGGGACAUUGUCGUACUUUGUUUCUUUGCUUGAUCCAUUCCAUAAUUUAGCCGUUAGCAAAGAACAAUUCAUGGAGUAGUUGUACCUUUGUAUAAACUGCAGGGUUCAAAGCUUGGAAAAGAAGUAGCGGCUUAUAAUUAUAGUAUUAUUAUCACUUAUGCUGUGAAAGCUGUAAGAAUGCUACCAGGCACCAUUAGCACCACCUAUAGCAUUGACACAGGGCAGCCGCUGUUGUUUUUAAUUGGUAUUGUAGUUCUGUGUGCACUAUUACUACUACUACUACUACUAAAUAAUGCACAUCUUUGCCAUUCCUUCCACUCUCACACAAGUCCUCUGGGAUGGAUUUCAGUCCCUUUGACUCUGAGGAUAAGUGGUAAAGAGUAGGGUGCAGUUACACUAGCUUUUAUAACAAUAACAGCUCCCAGCAUGUGCAACUCUUUAAACAUGUUAUUUUGGUCAAGUUACAAAUCUACUGAAUGCAAUAAACCAUAAUGUUUACUCACACAGUAUUUGUAAAGAGACAUGCAUUGGUGAAUACUACAUUUUUCUUUCUAAAAGUUGGUCGACGAGGCCCACUUGACAAAGCGGCGAAAUAAAACACUCAAACAAAACAUUGGGUGUUUUUUAGACUAGCAACAACAAUGGCUGACACAACUUCACACACUUCUAACCAUAGGAUGGUAAUAUUACUGUCAUAUACUAAAUAAUAAACAUUGAUUGAUUGAUUGAAUAUGGUAUUCAAGGACCGUUUUGAUGAUGACUGCUUUGGAAAAUGAAAGAAAUUAAGAUGUGUGUGAAGCCUCCAUGACAUAACCCAGCACCAUAUACAAAGCAAGACUCCAGUAUUCAUAAACAUGUCUAGUUUACAAACAUUUAUUUGAAUUGGUUGGCUUCAGUAUUUCAAUUGUGAGAUGGGUAGAUUUUUGCAGGCGGCUUUUACCUUGAAACCUAGCGAGAAGAGAUUAAGAAUAUAAAGAUUUUUGUGUCAUACUUGUCUAAAAUGAUGCUGGGUUGCUUAUUUUAGCGUGUAGAGAUUGUACAUAUGGAAAUGGUGUUAUGAUGUAAAUCUUGUCAGUGGUUUCUCUAUCAGUGGCGUGAUAUUGAUAAGUGCUGUAGCCUCUCAUGAAACCUGCGCUGCAUAGCAUCAGAAACUCCGGAAAGACGCACAAGUCAAUGACAUUGAAUAUAUAAGCCUUAACAAUCGCCAGGGUACUUUUUCUUUUAAUGUUGUUCCCAAAAAAUGUGUUCCUAGUAAGCAAAAAAAAAAUAUGUCUAACUAAUUCCCACUGAAACAUUCACUCACACGUUUGACUUCAUGAUUCCACACGCUGGAGCAGUCCGGCAAAAAGGGUAUUUCCUCAAAUGGUGGUCUUGGUUAUAUAUUCGGUACACCUAACAAAUAAACACCUCUCCACAAAUGGAUGACUCCGUUUUCCCCUGUGGAGAAGCUGAACGUACCAUAGCCGCACUUCUACCAAGCGGUACUUUUUGGUAUGGUACCCUCUAGGUGUGUCUGUAUCCGAUAUCAGAAAAAAAGACAAGUAUCGGCUUACAUGUAAAAUCUCUGAUACAAGCAGUCCUGCACCAAAACAGCCAGUUAACAUCUAAAUGUCCUCCAGUCAACACGCAAAGUUGGUCUUUUCAUGUAUUUUAGUGAAGUCAUUUACAAAAGGUAAACAUGGUGGGCGACAGGCUACUAGGAGCUAGCAACUACACAGCCGCUAAGCACAAAAGUAUCCAGUAACAAAUGUGUCCGCAUCAUCAAACUUCCUCUGAUGACCUUAAUUGUAUGAAUUAUUGUGACCACUGGGUGUUGUCAAAAAACAAACUAUCACUCCACUUCCAGGGCACAAAUCUCUCAUAAGGUUAGUGUUUUUUGUUCUUGGAGUGACUUCACUUGCUCAAGUCUUUAACAUUGCACACUAGAAAAAAUUAAUGUGCUAUAUAAAAUGCUGUUACAGUAUCUUAUAGGAUUAAUAUCGGUAUAGACCAGUACUAAAGGUUCCAAUAUCAGUAUCAUAUCAGAAGUAAAAAAGUUAUAUUUGGACACUCCUAAUAUCCUCCACCUAGUCAGUUUCCCACCACGAGUGUGAAGCUGACAUAUGGCUUCAAAUUGCUCUCUCUGUCGGCUUUUAUUUUUGUUCAUUGGGGUUUUAUUGAUGAAACAAAGGACACAUCUUUAUCAUAUGUCACCUUUUUCACCAUUAUCAUAUUUUAAACCUUAUUAAAAUGCCUCAAACAUAACUCAUGAAUGGCUUACUACUUUGAAGUGAUAAACCGUAGCUUGUUUUUUGUGCAUUAUUUUGGCCGUGCUGUUCACGCAGGUUUAGAAAUGUCCCGAUCCGAUAUUUGCCAAAAAAUGCGUAUCGGCAAGGCACGGGAAAAUACCGAUCCAGAUCCAGUUUUUAAAAAAGUCUGGUCCGUGUUUUCCAACGCACCGAUUUAAAUAAUACAUUCCACUUUUCUGCUGCUCCCUAAUUUCCGUUCCGCAUUUUCCAGCACACCUUCAACACAUCCACAGGUCUGUGUCCUAACUGUUAAGACGGCUGUCACGCCAAUUUUCUUCCCAUCGCAAAAACCUUCCUAACCC